UUCCUCUUCCCCGCCCUGUGCUUUCGCUCUUUCCGACCGAGCAUCACUUCCGUAAUAGCCUCUGCUAAAUUAGCCGCGACCCACCGCUCUUCUCUUUUAGUUAUCCCACUCUCUCUGCGGCUGGCCCGCUGAAAUGCCAUCUCUUUCUUUCUGCCUUCCUAUUCAUCCAACGGAGGUGCUUAGUUUGGAUGAGGACACUUGCUCUGAUUUGGUCAACCGGUUUGGUAGGAAUUUGAGACAGUUACUAUCGCUUUACGUGGUACAGAGUUCGAGCGUGUUAGAAGGAGCGAGAAAAGGGGGCCAUAUUCGAUGGCACAUCUUAACAACCCAGGCUGGGCAAUCAUCGAAUGCUCGGGAUGGAUGUCUGAAGACAUAUGAUGUGUCGGUUGCAAUAGACCAAUCAGUGCUAGGGGUAGUUCCCCAUGUUCUAGACGACUCGGAGCUUAGCAAGCUUGGCCGGGCCCUCGGGGAUGAUUUUGACGAUAUCCGGAAACUGAGCUGGGUCCAGUUAGUCGGGGUUCUUCAGUGGCUUCAGGAGGCCAAGAUGAUCGAAGGCUUUAGGGUGCAGGAGAACCAAACAAAGGCUGAAGUGAACACUCUAGGAUUAUUAGGCUUGUGCCCAUCUCUAACUUUCCGCUCUUAUUCAGUCUAACCAUGUGUUGAUCCCAUAGGAAGCUAUAACACAGACCUUUCGCUCUGCACACCACCUACUUCCAUUGACCCUUCCUUGCUGACCAGCGAUCACGCAUUGUCGAGCCCUGAGAA